AAUAUUCUGAAACAAGCAAAGGAGACCCAAUUAAAUAUCGCUUGGCUUAAAAAAGAAUAUCGCUUGGCUUUCCAUGUUUCUCAAAUUUACCCCUCAAGUCUGAAGACAGAUUCUCAGUCACAUUCCUUUGAUGGAAGGAAGGACAACGGGCUGCUGAUAUUUUCUUCAGAUCCGAUCUGGUUUUUUUUUUUUCAUUUAUUUUUGUGCGCGUGAUUGUGUUUUUCCGUAUACUGUUACACUCAUCACAUCGAACGUCAACGUGAGGAAUGGGAAUAGUUUUCACGCGGCUGUUCUCGUCCCUGUUUGGAAACAAGGAAGCUCGGAUCCUCGUUCUAGGGCUUGACAAUGCCGGAAAAACCACCAUUCUUUAUCGACUCCAGAUGGGUGAAGUCGUCUCCACCAUUCCAACAAUCGGGUUCAAUGUUGAAACUGUCCAAUACAACAACAUAAAGUUUCAAGUUUGGGAUCUAGGUGGACAAACCAGUAUCCGGCCAUAUUGGAGAUGCUAUUUUCCCAAUACCCAGGCCAUAAUAUACGUUGUUGAUUCAAGUGAUACGGAUAGGCUGGUGAUUGCUAAAGAAGAGUUUCAUGCAAUUUUGGAGGAGGAGGAACUAAAAGGUGCUGUGGUUCUCUUAUUUGCUAACAAGCAGGACCUUCCUGGGGCACUUGAUGAUGCUUCAAUAACUGAGGCCUUAGAGUUGCACAAGAUUAAGAAUCGGCAAUGGUCUAUUUUUAAAACUUCUGCCAUAAAAGGAGAAGGCCUCUUUGAGGGCUUGGACUGGUUGAGUAAUACGCUUAAAUCUGGAGGUGGCUAAAUCUUCGUGCAUUACUCGAGAUGAUAAUUGUGAUUGUGUCAAAACAGAUAGUCGCGUCUAAAUUGCUGGCGCUGGUUUGUUUUCAGAUUUUAUAGUUGUUAUGGACACAAAUACAUAUUUUUUGAAACGCUUAUGAGCAUAUUUAGAUCAAAUUCUUUUUGGGUCCAUUCUAAAUUCCACGCUUUUUUUUUUUUCUUCUUUUCAUUUUCAUGAGUGUUCAGGGCUCUUAAAUUAUGAUGUCCCCCCAUCUUCCUUUUCAAUUUUAUUAGCGUGAUGGGUUCAAACUAUUGCACAAUUGCAAACUAUUAUAAUACGUAAAUCAUAU